CGAUUUUGAAAGUUAGAUUUAGACAUUCUCAUAUCAAAAACCGCUCGCCGUCAUCAAUCUCCUCAAGACUCCCCGACACACAUAAAUCUAUCAAUGGCCCCCUCAAAGAAGUCCAAGGCAACCAAGUCGUCCGAGUCUAUCUCGUCUCGUCUUGCCCUUGUCGUCAAGUCGGGGAAGUACACCCUUGGCUACAAGUCUGCCCUCAAGCAGAUGCGCAGCGGCAAAGCCAAGCUCGUUCUGAUUGCUGGUAACUGCCCACCACUGCGCAAAUCUGAGCUGGAGUACUAUGCCAUGUUGUCAAAGACAACCGUGCACCACUUCUCUGGCACCAACGUCGCACUUGGCACUGCUGCUGGAAAGCUUUUCCGUGUCGGUGUCAUGACUGUCAGCGAUCCUGGAGACUCUGAUCUCCUCACCUUCGCAGAGGGAAACGCUGCAUAAACCCAAAAUCGCGAUGAGAUGCUGGCAGUAUAGGUUCAUGUGCUCUAUUUUAUAGCCAUACUUCAUACAUCAGCACAAUAACCCUUGCGUUUACCACCUGCUUUUAUGCUUCAUGCAAUGUAAGGACGCUGCAGGAUCUUCAGAAGAUGUUUUCUAUCUUCUAGUCGAUGCAUAACGGAGAAAUAAGCAACGCUCUAGCUCGCGAUGUUCCUCACCAUGAGUAAACAAGAAGUGUACGUCGGUGGUUACAUCUAGUGC